AUGGCCGCCGGCGCGGUUCCUGUGCCGGUGCGCGGCGGAUCCUCCCUCCGCGUCCAUCCCUCCUCUUCCUCUGCCAAUGCCGCCGCCUCGUCCUCGUCCUCUUCGGCGCGCCCCAUCUACCGCGUCUUCUGCAAGGGCAUGGUGAUCAACGACGACGACGAGGUCGUAGGCCUUGCUGACGAGGACCCCGGCGGCGUGCCGGUGCUGGCGGUGGCCGUAUCUGGACCGCAGGGAAAGGUUGUGCUCAGGGGGCACAAGCCCGUGCUGGGGUUCGUGGGCGGGCAUGAUGACGAAUAUGGCCAGGUGCUGCUAGGGGCGAUGGCGCUCGUGGAGGGCCUCCACACCGCGAUCAGACUGGGCAUCGCCAGCGUCAAGGCCAUCACCGAUCACAGGCUACUGCGAUUAUUGCAGAUGCUUGGGCUUUCACGUCCAACAGGGGAGAAGCUUGCAGAUAUGAUCAGUCAGGCUCUAUCAUAUCAGUGCGGAAGCAAUUCGAGCAAUGUGAAAUAUCACUCGCUAAGCAAGGCCAAGUCGGCAAUGUGGUGA